AUGAAGCUCCUUUUGCUGACUCUGGCCGCACUGCUGCUCUUGUCCCAGCUCACUCCAGGUGGCACUCAAAAAUGCUGGAACCUUCGUGGCAAAUGCCGCCAGAAAUGCUUCAAGAGGGAAAGGGUCUAUGUUUACUGCACAAAUAAUAAAAUGUGCUGUGUAAAGUCCAAGUACCAGCCAAGAAAUUUCCCAUGGAAAGUUUAA